GCAAAAUGGCAUUUAAGUUCGUGAUACUAGCCGUCCUCGUGGCAGUGGCAAAUGCCGGUGGUCCAGCGUCCUAUGACAUCGGCACAUUAUCCUCUGAUCACAGCAGCAUCGGCUACAGCCAGGAGUCUACCCAGAAGGGCUACGGCGGCCAGAACGUGUUGUCCACGUACAGCCGGGCCGAGGACACCGCGCACUCGUCGGUGCGCGUGAGCAACAGCCACGCGAGCAACGAUCUGCUGGAGCACCAUGCUGUCGGCUAUGCCACACCGGUGAUCGCCAAGACUUAUGCCGCGCAGCCCGUCAUCGCCAAAGCCGCUUACGCACCGGCCCUGACCGCGUACGCCGCUCACCCUGCUCCGGCGGUCUUCGCCAAGAGCGCAUACGGAUACGCCGACUCCGCUUACGGAUACGCCGCGGCCGCGCCGAUCUUCGCCAAGGCAACCUACGCCGCGCCAGCGGCUUAUGCCAGCCCGCUCCUGACGAAGGCUUAUGCCGCUCCGUCCGCCGCGUAUACCGCUUAUGCGGCACCGGCAGCAACCCCCUUGUUCGCCAAGACCGCCGCGUACACCGCUUACGCGGCACCGGCAGCAGCCCCCUUGAUCGCCAAGGCCUCUUACGCGUACGCACCCGCCGCUACUCAAUACGUCGCGAAGGCCGCCUAUGCACCUGUUGCUGCUGCUCCGGUUCUAGCUAAAGCCCCGAUCGCCGGAUUAGCACCGGCUCUCGCGUACACCGCUCAUGCCGCGCCGGUGGUCGCCAAGGCUUACGCUGCCCCUUACUCGUACGAAACGGCCUCGCCCGUAGUGCACGCCACUUUUAGCGGCUUCGGCACUAGCUAUGCCUGGUAAAAAGAUUGGUACAUACAUUAAUAAUUAAUUCUCGCGAUUUGCCAUGACAACGAAAAUUGUAACUCUCUCGCAUCAGCAAGCUUUCCAAUGUUAUCGUAUUCCGUCUGAAACAUGCGCAAGAUUUUCUACGUUUCCACUUUAAAAAAAAAGCAUGAUAAAU